AUGUCUGAACCAGUGAAUGACUUAAUUAUGUCGUUCAAAGCCGAACUUGAGAAGAUGAAAGAAGAAAUUUCCGAGCUGAAGAGUCGGGUGUUAGAAUUAGAGUCAAACAACCACCCAUGUCAUCACCAUUGUGAAGAGAAAUGUAAUUCCUCAUGUGAUGAGUGUUGCCACAGCAAUGACCCAAUUGAACAUUUCAAACACGAAAUAGGGUUGGGCACAGAGACUCAGGUUGAAUUAUUUCAAGUGACUCCGGACGACUUGUCCACAAAAGAGGUCGGUGCAGUUCCCCGUUUUACAGAAGGCACACCGAAAGAGAAUGUUUUCAAUAACACACGAAUAACAACAGGCAAAGGAAAGAAGAAAGAGAUCCGGUGUGUCUCUUCGACGUUUUUAGAUCGGGACUGCGACUUACAAUUGAUAUGGAAAGAUCAGAACACAUGUGUGAUAGUUCCCUCUCUUGUGUUUUACAUUGAAAUUAAGUUGUCUGGGACGACGAAGUAUAACUGGAUAUCUUUAGGUGCUUAUGCGGAUAAGAACAUGUAUAUUAAUCAUCACAUUGGCUGGGACAAAAAGACCAUUGGGAUACAUUCUGAUGAUGGUAAAGUGUAUGUUUGUAAUGGACAGAAACCAUUUGAUUGCACAACGUACUUUGGGCCUGGAGACGUGAUCGGGUGUGGUUGGAAGAUCAAAGAGAAGUCCAUCUUUUUCACUCGAAAUGGGAAGUACCUCAAAGCGUUUGACUUCCCAUUCAAAGUCGAUGCUUUUGCUAUUGGAAUGAAAGAGUUCGAACUUAUCGAAGUUAUUAAUGGCGAGGAGACUCCAUUUAUGUUCGACUUAGUUUCAUUUGUUGAGGGACUAGCCAAGAAGGAAGAGUCAAAUGAAGUUCCAGUAUAA